UCAUUUUUGUAUCCGUCCGCCUCCGUGAAAAUUGAAAACCCUAGAAUAAGUUAAAUGAGGAUUUACUGCCUUUCUACUAAACAAGAACUGAAAGGAAAGGGAACCAUUCAGGCCUUUUGCCAAUUGUUUUUGUGCCAAGUUCAUAUAUUUAAUGGAAAAAACGUGUAAUAGAGGUUGCUUGCGCAGUAUACCAAGAAUGUUUUAUCAUGUUAAGACAAUGAGACAUGAAUGCAUAGUAUAUCCAAGAAAGCAUCAAGCAUGCUACCAAUUGUGUCUAGCAUGGGGUUUAUGGGGGAGCCGUGUGUAAAAUUGGGCCUGAGGUGGGUUUACCUGAGUUUAAGAAACCAAGGAUGUCCUAGCAGUCGUUCAGGUAACAAGCACAAGACAUGGGAAUAGUUAAUAACGCUGAAAGCAAUGUAGCCUCUAUGCCUAUCUUGCAACAGAUCUGGAUUGAUAAACUUUCCCUUUGAAUCUCCCAUGCAGAAGGAAACAGCAUUAGCGGUCCUCUGCUCCCAUCCAAUUUUCCUUAUCCUAGAUUUUGUCCCCUGUGUGUUUCAGCAAUAGUCCAACCGUUCGUUUUGAAAUAUAAGCAUAACGAGCUAUGGCCAACAGCCAUGGCGGUUGGACUUAAUUCUUCUUCUUAAUUUUAAGGUUAACACAACAUUCAAAGAAAUGAGAACAGAUAAGGAAAACAAGGAAACAGCCGAUUUAGCCUUGUGUGGUUUACAAUUGCUGUCCGAAUGGAGUAGUGUUGUCACAGAGCUUUACUCAAGGAAGUUGUUGCACCCGACAGAUCAUCAUCAAAAUAAAGAAUGCCCACAAGAAGCUGAAGAAUAUGAAAGAGCAACUUGCUACAACUACACGGAAGAGGACAAAUUUGCGCUAAUCGAGGUUAUUGCUAUGAUCUAAGGCCUGCAAGUUUUAUUGUCUCGAUGGAAACCUUCUUUACUGAAGCCAUCAGACGCAAUAUUUAUGCGGAACUCCAGGACUUUGUGCAAGUAAUUCUCAGAGAGCCUCUCUGAAAAGCC